AUGGCUUGUACACCGCACAAGUCAGUCCAAUGGUCAAACAAUAAUGAGGUCAAUGAAUUCGUCUAUGGCUCUCCUUAUUCGGAGGCGUCAUCGACAGACUCUAUAAGUGCAGGUUCGACGCUACAAUACAUCAAUUCUCAACUGCUGGCCCAUGGUUUCGCACGAGGCACGGGGAUCUCUUUUGAAGGACUCUCAAAGGAUGAUGCAGAUAAGCUAUCAAAAUGCUUGAUUGGAAUGCUCAGCCAAAGAAAUGAGGACAUGUCACGCGCAGAGGAUCUCUCAACGAAGUUACGCACUCUGACAUACGAACACGAGCGUCUUGCCACUAUGCACAGGACAGUUUCGGAGCAACUGGCUUGUGCAGAACGUGAAACAAAUCUCUUCAAAUCUCGUCUUGCUGCUUCACACAAGCAAUUACAUGCAUCUGAGGCGGCUCAUAAGGCUACAUCAGCAGAGCUCCAGCGGACGCGAUCUUCAAUGCAAUCCGUACGGCAAACGCAUGCUGCCGAGCUCAAGCGACGUGAGAAGGAAACGGAAAAGGCAAUGGAUCGGUGGCAAAAAAUCUGUGAUAUGCAGACGAAACUUGGCUCAUCCAGUUCCGGAAUUAAAUUCAAGCCGACACUUGCAAAUCCGGUUGUUAGUAGCCGAGAUAGCGAGGUUAUUGGAAGAGGUCCAGACGCAGUUGAAGACGCAUUAGACGAGGCGCAAAUGGCCAGAAAGGAGUUAAUGGAGGAGAAUACGAGCCUCAAAAAUGUCGUGUUAUCCGCGGCAAAUGAGCUCUUGCGCAUAUCUCACGCGAUUCAUUUGAGGAUUGGGGAACCUACAGAAGAAGAACCGCCACACUUCACUCUGUCAGAUAUGUUUUCUAUCUCCGCACCGGAAAACGCUAGCGAGAAGUUCAAUACGCUUCUAUCGUCGUUCCAGGAGAUAGUCACUCAUCUCGGAGUUACUUAUGAUCCUGCCAGUGAAUCCACGACUCCUCAACUUCCACCUACACGAUCCGCUUCUCAAGGCGCUCAAAAAAUGGAUGGCAAUAGUCAGUGUGGUGACGGUAAAGAGCUACUACGGCUCCAAAGCACUGUCGUAGAUCUUCGUCGGCAACUCGAACAAGCACAGACUCAGAAACAAACAGGUGCAUACGCUGAUCAGGCACAAGCUAUCAUUAGACGUUUCGUCAACAGCGAUGACGAGAAGGCAAAUGUGCAUGAACGCCAACUUCUGGAGAAGAUUCGCAAAGAACUGGAUCACGCUCGGAAGAAGGUCGAUGAAGCUGCUCUAACGCUGAAGGAUGAAAAGGUGGCGCUAGAGGAAGAGAAGCAAGACUUUUACAGAGAGCAGCGCCUGUGGCGCUCUCAGAUGUGCAUUCCGCAGGAUGAUGGUGCCCCGAAACCAAUCACGGGUCUCGGUGCCUAUUUCGAUAAACCUGCUGAGCCGCUCGAACUUCCAGUUUCGCUUCCCAGACAAUCACAGAAGAUCAAGAAGAUUAAAUCUCCGAAGAAAGGAAUGACUCCAUCUCGAAAGCAAACUGGAGCACCUCGCUCUCCAGCUAAGCCAGCUUUCGCCGUUGGUAAGAUUGGCAAGAAAUUGCGGCCUAUUAACUCCCCCAAGAAACCGAGUGGCUCGAUGCUUGGCGUUUCUACGUUACGUCCAAAGGUUAUUCCGCCAAUGGAGACUGAGGUGAUGCCAACUGCACCAGCCUUACCAUCGACAUCAUCUGCACAAUCUCUCAUUGCACCCAACUCCUUCGUUUUGCCCCCUCCAUCUCCUUUAGCUUCUUUACCGUCUCACAAGCCAGAACUCCUUUCAACGAAACCUAUACCUGCACCUUCCUUUGGCCAUUCAACUACCCCACCAGAGGAUCAAUCUUUCUCAGACGAUCUUGAGGCGGAUGAACAACAACAUCCCACGCCGAAGAAACCCUUCCCAGUUGCGAAGCCCCUUGCCCAGCACAUGAUCCAUGCAUAUUCACCUGCGCGACCAAGUCCACUAAGUCGGAUCUUAUUACUCGCAAACUCGCCGGUGCAGAGCGUUACUGCUCCGGAAGAGGACGUUGACUCUCCGUUCCAAGCAGAAGGCGCGGAAGGACUCGACUAUGGUGCAGGUGCUGUAACUUCAGGUUCUGGUACUUCCGCCGCUAUGAUGGUAGAGGAUGAACUGGAUGUCGAUGACCUUACAUGUGCGGCAGAUGAAAGCCCUCUAAGGGCGAAGAACAUGCGACUAGCGAGGAAAAACAAGAGCGCGUCGCAUCCAACCAGUGGGGUCAGGGAUAAGGGCAAGCUAAAGUCAUCUACGCUGAGAGGUUCGGCCAAGCCAGUCGGACGACAGACAGACAAGGAGAACGGCGCAAUAAAUCCAAUGAGUUCUCGGGCACAGCGUCCAGUACCCAUUGUGAAACAGUCGACGACAGCUAAGCCGCUUAUAAAUGGCAAGGGAGGGGCGAGGCGAGUUCCUAUUGGAAGCGUUGAUGCAGCACCAAUUGGACCUGGGUGGAAAUGACCUUAUGAAGUCCUUCUUUAUCUCUGAAUCCCCAUCACCUUUCUUUUCACGCCUGUUCGCAUGCCGGCCUUGCUAUGUUUACUUUCAAGUCAUCCCGGAAUAGUAUGCACUCUACAACCCUUUCUUGUAACAUAGAUGUAUUUCACUUGCUGUCCACUUUAAUGACCAGC